UGUUGUUUGAUUGUUGAUCCCGUUCUUCAUUUUUUGCGCAUUCUUGUAUUUUUAAUGGAAAUCCAUUUUUCAACUAUCAGCUUUGAGGGUAACCCUCUCCCCUUGAAACCUUUCCUUUUUUUAAAAAAUUGUUAAAUUUUUGUGUUUAUCUUUAACUUAUAAAAAUUCUUUUUUGGCUAUCAUCUUAAAUAUUUUGUUGUUGAUAUAUAUUUGAUAAUUUUACUUUUCUUUUUUUGGGUUAAUAAAGCUUUAUUUUUCAAAUAUUAUUUUUUGUUAUAUUUAUUUUUUUUAAAUUUUAUAUCUAUUUUUAAAAAAAUUUUUUGAUUAUAUAUUUUUUUAGAAACAGGCUACUAAUUAGAAUAAUAAUAAUGGCAAAACAUUAUGUCUUCAAGAUGAUGGUUAUGAAUGAAGAUAAGGAUGGAACAAAAGAACCAACAGAAGAUGUAAGCCCCAAUCAACUCUUAUAUGGUCCACGAAUAAUAAAUCCUGAAACGACCAAAAAGCGACCAAAACCUCAAAAUUCAAUUCCUCGUUCAAAAUCUCCUGAUGACAUUUCUCUUCAUUCAAUUUCUUCCUCUUCCACCGAUCUAUCUUCGCCCCCUAGAGCAUUUCCGAAAAGAUCAAAAAUUGUUCCAGAGAAGAAAGCAACUUAUCAAAUAAAUAUUAAAAAGUCUCGCUGGGAACCAAUUUCGUCUGGAGAGGAAAGGAGAAGAUUUGAAUCAUUACGAGAAUCCAAAAAAGCCAAAAAGUUGAAGAAGAAAAAGACUAAAGGGAAAAGAAGGAAGGAAAUGGUGAAUGAAGCUCAUAGGGAUGGAGAUCAUUUUCGCCCUCUAAAAAAAUUUAUUAAUAAUAGAAGAAAGCUUGCAACAGAAUUGAUGGACAGUGUUGAUUUGGAAACACUUUAUGAAAUAUUUCCUGAACUUGAGGAAAAAACAGAAGUUGAAGCACACAAAAUUGUUUAUGAUAUACUUUGUGGAAUGUCUAAAGCAAGAAUAUUGGCUGAUUUGAACGGAGAAGAAUUACCUGAAAGUUCAUCAGAAUCCGAAGACGAAGAUUUAAGUUCAAAUCAAGAAGACAAUGAAGAAUUAAAUCAAUCUUUAAGUAGUGAAAGUGAACAAACUCCAAAAAGCCAAUCAAGUCAAUCAACUGUUGAAAGCAAUAAAAUAAUUGAAAAUAAAGAAGAAAAUGAAGAACAAAUUUCAAUAAAAAUAAUUAGAAAAAAGAAGAAAAAGAAUAAAAAUGAUGAUUUAGAAGAGGGGGAAAUUCGUUCAAAAAUGAGCAUUUCUGAAGAGGAACAAGAAGAAGAAGAAUUGAUGGAAACAAUAACUAAUAGUGACGAUUUUGAAGAGGAAAAAGUUGUGGAAGCUAAAAAGAAGGUUGAAAAUUGUGUUGGUGUUGUUGAAGAGAAGAAGAAGAGAGUUGAAGAGAAGAGGAAGGAAAAGGACGUUCAACCCAAUAAAAUCAAAAUAGAGCCUACUUUUAUUGUUUCUGUUGAUUGUGGUUCACUUUCUGACAAAUACCCAGAAGAGGAUUCUGAAGAAGACGAUGAUGACAAUUCAUCCCAAAAUUAUUCAGAAAAAGACGAAAGUUUUGAGCAAAGAAUUGUUUGUAUAUUACCCCCUUCACCUUCAACAUCGCUUAUAAUUAAUGAAAUUGGAAGGGAAGAGGGAGAAGAGGAGGAGGAUAAAAAUGUGAAUGAAGAAGAAAACCAUGAGAAAGAAGAAACUCAUUUAAUUAUAUCUUCCCCAUCAUAUUCUUCUAAUUUAAAAAAUGGAGUGAUUUUGGAAGGUGAUGAUUCUAAAUUAUAA